CUCGUCUUGACCGUAGCAAGAUGCUGACUGGUUUACUUUUCACCUCCCUGGCGUUGGCCAAUGCCGCGGCUGCAUCGCUGCAAAUUGUUCCGGGCGCAACAUGGACCGCAGAAGGGACCAACAAGCACAUCCAGGCCCACGGCGGCGGCAUCAUCGAAGUGGACUCGGUUUACUACUGGGCCGGGGAGAACCACACCGACGGCAGCGCAUUUCAGUCCAUCAACUGCUACUCCAGUACCAAUCUGGUCGAAUGGACCCUGGUGGGUGAGCUCCUCUCCCUGCAGAGUAGCGGAGAUCUGGGCCCCGACCGGGUCGUCGAACGGCCCAAGAUCAUUUACAACGACAACACCUCCCAAUAUGUCAUGUGGCUGCAUAUCGACGAUAGCUCGUACGCCGAAGCGAAAACCGGGGUGGCAACCUCGUCGAGUGUCUGCGGAACAUAUGACUAUCUGGGAUCGUUCCAGCCCUUAGGGCACCAGUCGCGUGACAUUGGGCUGUACAAGGACGACAAUGGCACCGCCUAUCUGCUGUCGGAGGAUCGCCCCAACGGCCUGAGAAUCGACCGGCUGACCGACGACUACCUCAACGUGUCCUACACCACCCAUCUCUUCCCCGAGCACUAUGAGGCCCCGGCCUUAUACAAACAGGACGGCGUGUACUUUAUGUUCGGGUCGCAACUGACCGGAUGGUCUGCCAACGAUAACAAGUAUACCACCUCCACGGACCUCAAUGGCACCUGGAGCGACUGGAGCGAUUUUGCGACCGCAGGAACCGACACCUAUGACUCCCAGACUACUUUUGUCAUGCAGGUCGGGGAUAGUGUGAUGUACAUGGGCGACCGCUGGAUCUCGACGAAUCUGAUGGCCUCGACGUACAUCUGGUUGCCAUUGACCUUGGACGGAACCAAUGCGACUUUGACGGACAGCUCCAACUGGAUCCCCUCCCUCGAUGGUACCUGGUCUUCCGGAGGCGAUGAAACUGAUCCCGAGGCCGAAUCCUCCAGCAACGUGCUCUCGAAUGGAGCGACCGUCAUUUCGUGCAGCGGUUGUUCGGGCAGCGAAUCCGUCGGAUGGAUUGGAGGCCCCGACAAUGGCACCCUCGAGUUCCGCGACGUGUCCAGCGACGCGUCGACCACGACCACCAUCCAGGUGCGUUUCGAAAACGGCGAUUCCUCUCAGCGGUUUGCGACCGUCACCGUCAACGGGAAGUCGCAGAUCCUGGCGUUCCUGCCGUCCGACAAUGGAAACACGCCAGCGACGUCGGUGCUGAAUGCCCAGCUGGAGAGCGGAGAGGACAAUGUCAUUACCUUUAGCGCAUAUGAAGAGGGAUACGCAGGACCUGAUAUCGACCGGUUGUUGGUGCCCGACGAGUAG